AUUAAUUUCGUCCCUAAUCUUCUUUUGUUAUUAAAAUCAUCUUCAAUCUUUACAAACACAUUAAAAUCAUCCUCCCCCAUUUACAAAAAUUUUUGAACACAUUUACCCCUGAGAGUCCCUAACGCUUCGUUUUCAUUCCCGCGAAAGGUAUUCACUAUCUCAUUUGUCAUUAUACACUUCAAAGGUGAUGUUUCAUGUUCAAUGAUGCCCUAGCAGUGGUCUGUUGACACCGGAGGAGUAUCGGAACUGCAUUUGGACGUCGUUAGCAAGGGUGAGGAAGGAGGUCGGUCCGGCAUUAUCAUUGGGAUAUUCAGGUAUGUAUGCAGCAUUUGUUAUGAUUUUGGUCGAGGUUGAACGUAAUAAUGUUUGAACAGAUUCUUUUAGUUUCCUAAAACUGUGAGGGUUUGAUUUACAUUUUUUUGUCUCUUUAAGAAAUGGGAAGCUUUACUCUGACUGUCUACCAUGGGGGUCGAUUCAUAUAUGAAGAUGGGACGUUGUGGUAUAUAGGGGGACAAAAGACACUCAUUGAAAAUGUUGAGAGUGAUUGCUGGUCUGUAAUUGAGGCAUAUGCAGAGUUAAGACAAUUUGGGUACACAAAGGAGAACAUUUCAGCUCUAUGGUAUAAGGAUCCAGCGAUGAAUAGUUAGAGAAGGAUUUGAAAUUAUUUGCUAUGGAUAAAGAUGCACUUAAGAUGUGUAGAAUAGCAAAGUUGAGGGGUCAUAUUGAGGUGUUUGUGGUGCAUGUGGUUGAGGAUGUAGAAGAAUUUUCUAAAGCUGAAUUUAUUGAUGUUGGAGACAAACAGAGGACAAUCCCAGUAAUCAAUUGAUGAUUAUGAGGGUGAACAAGUUCAACAUGUGAAAAAUGAUGACGUGCAACAAGUUAAUGAAGGAGAUAACUUAGAAACAGAUGUGGCUGCUAAAAAUGAACGGGAUGAGACAAAUAGCGAUGAUGACAGCGAUGAUGAGGAGUUUAUUCCGUCUUAUCUUGAGGUUGAUAGUGCAGACGACAUUCAUUUUACAGAUAGUGAAGAGGACUAUGAUGAUGAGAGUGGGUUUGAGGAAGAUACAAGUGCCAAGGAUAGUAAGAGGGUUGAUAAAGGCAAAGGGGUUAUGAAUGGUGAUUUUAGUGAUGAGGAAGCUUCAAUAGCGAUGAAGUGGAUUUGGAGUAUGAGGUUGGUGUUGGUUCAGAUGAUGAGGAAGGACAAGGAGAAGAUAACUAUGAGUCAAGGAGCUAUCCAAUUCAUAAGGAUGUUAAAGAUAUGACUAGUUACAAGUGGAAGGUGGGAACAGUUUUUGCUUCAAGAGAGGAAUUUAAAGACACCGUGACGUCAUAUACAGUACAAAAAAAAGGAGGACUCAGGUAUGCCAAGCUUGACUUGGUUAGAAUGAGGGUUGUUUGUAAGCUUGGUUGUCCUUUUUGGUUAUAUGCCGCUAAGAUGAGAGAGGAAGCAACUUGGCAGCUUCGGUCCAUGAACCUUAACCAUAUCUGUGGCCAGUCGCAUAGGGUUGGGAUAAUGCAUAUCAUGGCUGAGUAGAGCUUUUAAGAAGAAGGUGGAACAUAAUUCGAAGGUUAAGAUCAAGGAAUUGGUGAACAAGGCACAAAGAAAGUGAAAUCUGAUAGUUACAACCUCAAUGGCAGCUAGGUCAAGGCAAGCUGCAUUGGAUGACAUACAUAGAGAGUAUAGAAAGCAGUACAAGAGGAUUGCUGAUUACUUCUCGGAGUUGCUAAGUGCUAAUCCAAGAUCAUCAGUGACGCUCAAGGUACAGAGGUCUCCUGAUUUUGAGAUUGAGCAGCAACACUCAUCCUUGAACAACUUCUGCAUAUUUCAAAGAGUUUAUGUAUGCCUAGAGGCUUGCAAAAAAAAUUUUAUGCACUGCAGGAAGUUUAUUGGGCUAGAUGGCUGCUUUCUGAAAAUACCUCAAGGGGGAAAGCUGUUGACUGCUAUAAGUUAGGACCCCAAUGAUCAAAUGCUCCCUAUCGCCUAUGCCGUUGUGGAGUCAAAGACAAAAGAUACCUAAACUUGGUUUCUGAAGCUGUUAAUUGAUGAUUUCGAAUCUGAGACAAUUGGCAGGGCAACCUUCAUGUCUGAUCAGCAGAAGGGUUUACUACCAGCUUUUGAUGAAGUAAUCCCAGGUGUAGAUCAUAGGUUUUGCGUGCGGCAUCUUUACAGCAACUUUAGAAAAAAGUUUCCACGACUGCAAUUGAAGCAAUUGAUGUGGAGGUAUGCAAAGGCUACACAGUGGAAGGAUUGGGAGAAAAAAAUGGCAAUGGUCCGAGCGGUCAAUGUGGAUGCUCACAGGCAUCUCAACUCCAUUCCUCCUAAAUUUUGGAGCAGGUCCAGGUUUAACUUCCAUUCCAAAUGUGAUACUCUUGUAAACAAUACGUGUGAAAGCUUUAAUGGUGCAAUAUUAGAGUCUAGGAAAAAGUCCAUUAUUACUAUGCUAGAAGAUAUUAGGGUGUACCAGAUUAGUAGAUGGACUGUUAAUAGAGAAAGAAUUCAAAAGUUCAAUGGAACAAUUUUACCUCGAAUUAGGAAGAAGAUAGAGAGAAGAGGUAGGGCAGCCGGUGAGUGGAGGCCUUACUAGUCUGCUGCACGGACUUAUGAGAUUGUAAAUGGGUUGAGCAAAUAUGCUGUUGAUUUGUCUCUUUGUGAGUGUUCUUGUAGGAAAUGGCAGUUAAGUGGAAUUCCAUGCACACAUGCCAUCAGCUGCAUAAACUUCAAGGGUCUUGAUAUGGAUUCAUAUGUGGAUGACUACUACAAGAGAGAGACCUAUGUCAAGUGCUAUGAUUUGAUAAUCAACUCUCUCAAUGGCCCAGAUCUGUUGGAGCACACUAACUUGGAUGAUGUCAUACCACCACCCUAUCGAAAGUCUAGCCACAGACUAGUAAAGAAAAGGAAGAGAGGACUUGAGAUACAUAAGUGCUCAAACUGUGGUGUAUCAGGUCACAAGAGAGAAAGAUGUAGCAAUCCACCCCUCUCUGUCCAACCACCUAAACAAUCUGCUGUGAAGAAAACUAAUGGAGGAAAGAAGAGAUCAAUUUCACAACCUGCUGUGCAAUCUGCUACCAAAGGGAGAAAGAGGUCCAAAUUGCAAGGAAACUCAUCAUCACAGCCUCAACCAGCCACCAGCAUAACACCCAUAACCAGGUUCAAGUCAUCCGAUUCCCAACCCAUCCCCAAGCCCACAACACAGGCAUCUAGGCCCAAGACAACACCAGCGGCUACUCCCCAGCGAAGGCCCAAGAUAAAGCCCAUCAGAAGCUCAACACAACCACCACCAGCUACUAAGGAGAAGGGUACAUCUAGCUCAAGCCAACCAGUUAUGAAUAAAGUCUCCUUCAGUCAUAACAUUGCACUACGUGUUUCUCCAAGAAAGUUGAGGCGGAUGACAAAACUGCCUCCAAGAGCUUGGAAAAAACUUUAAGAAUUCUUAGAGACUACUUAAGUUGUUAGCUUGUUAAUGUAGAGCUAAGUUGAUCAUAUUAUAUGCUUGUGAGAUUUCAUUUUGGUUGUAACUUAUUACAUA